UGGCGGCUGCGAAAGAAGCGGGAGAGUCCGUCCGGCUGUGGGGCCGCCGGUGCGGAGAGAAAAAUGAGAACCCACCUGGCCCUCUCAUUUCUCCUCUUCUUUGUGAUUGGCUAUGGCUCCUCAGAGAACGCCAGCACCUCUCGAGGCUGCGGGCUUGAUCUCCUCCCUCAGUACGUGUCCCUGUGCGACCUGGAUGCCAUUUGGGGAAUCGUGGUGGAGGCAGUGGCGGGGGCCGGGGCCCUGAUCACACUGCUGCUGAUACUCAUCCUCCUGGUGAGAUUGCCCUUCAUCAAGGACAAAGAGAAGAAGGGGCCCCUGGGCCUGAACUUCCUGUUCCUCCUGGGGACCCUGGGCUUGUUUGGACUGACGUUUGCUUUCAUCAUCCGAGAGGAUGAGACUAUCUGCUCAGCGCGUAGGUUCCUGUGGGGGGUGCUCUUUGCCCUGUGCUUCUCAUGCUUGCUCAGCCAAGCGUGGAGGGUCCGGAGGCUGGUCCGCCAUGGGAAAAGCCCCUCGGGCUGGCACCUCACUGGGAUGGCCAUCUGCCUGAUGCUGGUCCAGGUCAUUAUUGCCACAGAGUGGCUAGUCUUAAACGUGGUCCGGGAUAAGAAGCUAGCUUGCAGCUAUGAACCCAUGGAUUUUGCAUUGGCCUUAAUUUAUGACAUGGUCCUGCUGGUGGUGACCCUGGGGUUGUCCCUCUUCACCCUCUGUGGGAAAUUUAAGAAGUGGAAGAAGAACGGCGUGUGCCUCAUCCUCACCACCUUCCUCUCCAUCCUGAUCUGGGUGGCCUGGAUGACCAUGUACCUUUUUGGCAAUGCAGAACUAAGGAGAGGGGAUGUGUGGAGCGACCCCACCCUGGCUAUCGCCUUGGUAUCCAGCGGGUGGGUAUUCGUCAUCUUCCACGCUAUUCCCGAGGUACACUGCUCCAUCCUCCCGUCACAACAAGAGAGUACACCCAACUACUUUGACACGACGCAGCCCAGGAUGCGAGAGACGGCGUUUGAAGAGGAUGUCCAGCUUCCCCGGAGCUACAUGGAAAACAAAGCUUUCUCUAUGGAUGAACACAACGCAGCUCUCCGAACUGCAGGAUUUCGAAAUGGUAGUCUGGCAAACCGACCCAGUGCUCCAUUUAGAAGCAAUGUUUAUCAGCCCACUGAGAUGGCAGUUGUGCUAAAUGGUGGGACUAUCCCAACUGCUCCGCCAAGUUACACUGGAAGACACCUCUGGUGAAAGGCUUUUACAAAGUUCCAGAGA